UCGGAUUUCUCCAUGGUGUCAGACUGUUUCGUGCAUCUAACGUUACUGUAAACUGUACCUGUAAGUCACCGUCUUUUCAUCGAUCGGUUUUAAUUAGCAACCAUGGACGCUCUUCUGAAGACGUUAUUUUCUUCUGAGGAGGAAGAAUUGUAUGUUUUGGAUUGUUUAUCGUAUCUAAUGAUGGUCAUGGCUCUCAUAACUUUUGUUGCUUUACUGUUUGAGCAUGUGCCCUAUGGCAGGUAUGCAUCCAGCAGAUUUGGAUUCCCUGUAAAUGUCAAGUUGGCUUGGUUUGUUCAAGAGAUGCCUUCUUUUCUGUUGCCUUUGAGUUUAGUUUUAUGGAGUUCAAGUUCAAAAAUAAUCCACCUGCCCAACCAACUCCUUCUGCUCAUGUUUGUUUGCCAUUAUAUGCAAAGGUCUCUCAUCUACCCGUUUUUAAUUAGAGGAGGGAAAUCAACACCGUUCAUCUCCCUGGUCCUGGCCUUUGUCUUCUGCAUCUAUAAUGGGUACCUCCAAGGUAGAUACCUGAGUCACUAUGCUGAUUACCCAGCUGAUUGGGUUACACGCCCCUGCUUCAUCAUAGGGUCUUGUAUGUGGUCCCUGGGAUGGAUUAUUAAUAUGCACUCUGACCACAUCCUCAGGAACCUUCGUAAACCUGGAGAAACAGGUUAUAAAAUACCUAGAGGAGGCAUGUUUGAGUAUGUGUCUGGAGCAAACUUCUUUGGAGAGAUUGUGGAAUGGGCUGGAUUUGCUUUGGCCGGUCAAUCCAUCCAUAGUGCAGCUUUUGCUCUCUUCACUCUUAUCGUGCUGUCCAGCAGAGGAAUGGACCACCACAAGUGGUAUCUGACAAAAUUUGAAGACUAUCCAAAAUCAAGAAAAGCUUUAAUACCGUUUCUGCUAUGAUCUUGUGAUGUUCGUGGUCAAUCUGGAGCAGCUAGAGGUGUCGGGUCGAGCAGUGAGCAAUCUGUCGGACCCUUCUGUGGAGAAAUAUCCCUAGCCUCAGGCAAAGCAAUGAUGAAAUCCCCCUGCAAACCAUAUUGCAGGCACACAUAACCUUUUGCAACACUGUAAAACCCCUUCAACAUGGGCUUAAAGUGAUAGUUUGCAUAAAUAUAAAAAUAUGGUGUUAAUUCACUUACCCUCAGGCCAUCCAAGAUGGAAGUGACUUAGUAGAAAGAUGUUU